CUGGUAAGCAUCGUUAAAGGAUAAUCUAGUGUCUGAAUUAUACUGGAGGUGUUAUUUUCUAACUCGAAGCCGAUUUGACUUUGGUCAGUAGAACCACAGAGAACAAAAAAAGGCAGAGGAAGAAGGUAGCUUUGUUUUUCAGGCUUUGGUCAUGGAGAAGAAGGCGGUGCAGGCAGCAGCCAAAGAGUUUCUGCAGUUUGUCAACAAAGGAGUAUCUCCAUAUCACGUGGUUGAAGAAUGCAAACGCAACCUGCUGGAGGCCGGCUUCUUGGAGCUGAAGGAGACGGAGCAGUGGGACAUCAAACCAGCCAGCAAGUAUUUUUUGACCAGGAACUUCUCCAGCCUCAUCGCCUUCGCCGUGGGCGGACAGUACCGGCCUGGAAAUGGCUUCUCCAUGAUCGGCGCCCACACCGACAGCCCCUGCCUCAGAGUGAAGCCGAGGUCUAAGAGGACCAAGCAGGGCUGCCUGCAGGUCGGAGUGGAGUGUUACGGUGGUGGCAUCUGGAACACCUGGUUCGACCGAGACCUGACCGUCGCCGGCCGCGUCAUGGUCAAGAGUGAUGGGAAGCUCCUCCACCGUCUGGUCCACGUGUCCCGGCCCCUGCUGAGGGUCCCCCACCUCGCCAUCCACCUGCAGCGCGACAUCAACGAUUCCUUUGGGCCCAACAAGGAGAACCACAUAGUUCCCAUCAUCGCCACAGCGGUUCAGGAGGAGCUGGAGACGGGCUCCUCUUCAUCUGGAGACGCUUCCUGUGCUGCGAACACGGCGGAGAAGCACCACCCGGCUCUGGUGAAGGUUCUGUGCUCGGAGCUCGGCGUUCAGCCGGACGCUCUUCUGGACUUUGAGCUGUGUCUGACCGACACGCAGCCGGCGGCUUUAGGAGGAGUUUACGAGGAGUUCAUCUAUUCUCCUCGUCUGGAUAACCUGCACAGCUGCUACUGCGCCCUGCAGGGGCUGAUCCAGUCGUGCGGCGGAGCCUCUCUGUCCGAGGAUCCAAACGUCAGAAUGAUCACCCUGUACGACAACGAGGAGGUGGGAUCCGAGAGCGCCCAGGGAGCGCAGUCCAACCUGACGGAGCUCAUCCUUAGCCGACUUGCCGCCUCCACCUCCAACCUCACCGCCUUCCAGCAGGCGGCGCCGCAGUCCUUCAUGAUCAGCGCAGACAUGGCUCACGCCGUGCACCCCAAUUACACGGAGAAGCACGAAGAGAACCACCGACCUGCUUUCCACAAGGGACCAGUGAUCAAGUUCAACAGCAACCAGCGCUACGCCACCACCGCCGUCACCGCCUGCGUGGUCCGAGAGGUAGCCAGCAGGGUCGGCGUGCCGCUGCAGGAUGUGAUGGUGCGUAACGACAGCCCCUGUGGGACCACCAUAGGACCCAUCCUGGCCGCCCGCCUGGGCAUCCCGGUGGUGGACAUCGGCGCCCCUCAGCUGUCCAUGCACUCCAUCAGGGAGAUGUGCUGCACCUCCAGCGUGCUGCAGAGCACCACGCUCUUCAAGGGCUUCUUUGAACAUUUUCCCAGCAUCAGGAGUUCGCUGGUCGUCGACUGAGGAACCUGCUGCUGCUGCUCACAUUUUCUCUGUUAAAUCUCAGAAACUCUGUUCCAACUGACAGAUUUAUGAAAUAAAGAUCUGAAUUCUU